AUGGAAUUGUAUGAGGAAAUCAAAUUCAACCCUUUUGUUAGGUGUGAUGCCAUAGAUGCCAAUAUUACCUUCUCAGGCAGCGAGAUUAGGCAUGGGGAUAUCAUUUGUUACCAGAAAAGUGCAAAGUCUUUGAGCCACCAGGCAUACCCUUCUGUUCCAAUAUUCUUCCAGAAUAUUUUGAAGCUGCAGGAUCAGAAUCCUCAGAUUAUUCUCGAGUUUCCCAUCACGAAUUUGGUAGAAGCAACGCAGAACUUCAGUGACCUGUGUAAGGUUGGAGACACCGAAUAUGGAAGCGUUUAUAAAGGCAUUAUACAGGACAACGCAGCAGCUAUCAAGCUAUCCAAAUCUGAUACUUUAUUUCAACAAGAGGUUUCUAUUCUUUGUCAAGGCAGACAUCCAAACAUUGUCGACUGCAUUGGAAAAUGUUCUGAAGUUUCAGCCCUUGUGUAUGAGUGGUUACCAAAUGGAAACCUUGAAGAUCACAUAGUUCGUGCUAAUGGAUCUCCACCUCUCUCAUGGCACACCCGUAUGCAGAUCAUUGGUGAGGUUUGUUCUGCACUGCUUUUCCUGCACUUGCGUGCUUUGGUCCAUGGCGAUCUCCGGCCUUGUAACAUCUUUGUCGACGCCAACUUCAGAAGCAAGAUCUGCAACUUUGGUAUGUUAACCCUGUUUCUCCAGCCCGGCAACCACCAGUUAGACCUGACAGCAAGGCUGCCAUACCUGGACCCGGAGUUCCUCACCACCGGAGACCUCAUGCCGCUUUCCGACGUCUACUCUCUGGGUGUUAUAAUUCUGCGUCUUCUGACUGGAAUGCCUCCCUUGAGUAUUGCAAAGAAAGUUUCAGAAGCAUUGGAGAAUAAUAGCUUGCACACGCUGAUUGAUAAAUCAGCAGGGAACUGGCCAUAUGUACAAGCCAAGCAGUUAGCCGUCGUUGGUCUUAGCUGUGUGGAAAUGACGAGGGAAAAGCGACCUGAUCUCUUAACAGAAGUAUGGUCAGUUAUUGAGCCCCUUAUCAGGAAGCCUCCUGCAGCCUCAUGGCCAUGUGUCCAAUCGGCAGUUAGAGGAAGCUGCGCGCUUGAUCACUUGAUUUGUCCAAUUCUUAUGGAUAUUAUGAAGGAUCCUCAAGUGGCAUCUGAUGGAUUCACCUACGAAGCAGAAGCCAUAAGGCGCUGGUUUGAUGGCGGGAACAACAGGUCUCCGAUGACGAACUUGCCGCUAGCAAAUCAUGAUCUUGUCCCAAAUCUUGCCCUCCUCUCUUCUAUCCAGGAGUACCUUGAGCAGCAGAGGCAGCCAGCUUCCUGA